AUGGGCCGACGGCUUUCAUCUUCUGUGUUUUCUGCAUUAGUGGCCCCCGAGCAGGACGCGGGGGCCAGAAACUUCCGUCUCACACCCUGGGGGGGCACGGCGGAAAAUCUCCACAUCCUAGUAACGGCCAACGCAUCCCAGGAGGAGGCCGAACAGGAUAAGAGCUUCCAGGAGAUGCCACCAGGAGGCGCCAGCAUGAUGAGGGCCGCCCUGCUGCUGCUGCUGCCGCUGUGGGUGAAGCUCGCCGUCUCCAGUGGGCACUGGUGUGAACGCACAAUCCAGGUGAUGGAGGAGGAGGUGAUCAGCCCCAGGAGGCAGCAGCAGGUCCUCUGCUCCCAGGUCUAUCAGUUUAAUCUGGACGGGUGGCAGCUGGACCAGGAGCAGAUGAGGCGGGAAUACGGCGGAGACGCCGGGAUAGCGAGAUAUUACUCCGAGAACGGGGCAGCUUCCAUGUGCUACAUCUACAAGCCCCAGAACACCAGACCCACUGUGUGGAACCGGACAGUGAGAGCGUGCUGCGAGGGCUGGAGUGGAGACCACUGUACGGAGGGAGGAGGCUUCCUGGGUCGCUGUUUCUCCAGCUGGAACUGCCAGGACGCGUUGAGUCCACAUAACGUGUCCCUCAUGAGCAUGGAAGAAUGCUGCGUCCAGUCCUGGGGCCACAGCUGGAAGAACGCCACGUCUGACUUUUGUUUCAGCUGCUCCUACGUGGCACCGACGGAAAUCCUGCCCUCCCCGUUCCUGAUGAAGCCGUACCUCUCCACUGCACUGGUCGGCGUCUCUCCGCGGCCGGCGAGGCUUUUCUCCACCUGCGUGACGUGGGGGGGAUUUCAUUAUCGUUCGUUUGACGGGAAAUACUUCCACUUCCACGGAGCCUGCGCGUACAACCUGGCCUCGUCCACAGACGGCACGUGGGCCAUUCGUAUCUCUGAGGAGCGGUGCUCGGGGCCCGGCCCCUGCCCCAGGGGUCUCCGGAUGACGUUCGGUUUGGAUGAAGUUGUGAUAAAGGAAGGGGCAGUUUCGGUGAACGGCGCGCCGGUACCAGAUCCAAAUCCACACCUGCAGAACGGGAUCAGCGUGCUGUGGAUCGGGGACUUCGUCUUCAUAGAGAGCGGAUUAGGCGUCAGGAUCAAGUCUGACCGCGGGAACAAUGUGUACGUAACGGUGACCUCUGACCUCCGGGGCAAGACGCAAGGACUCUGCGGGCUCUACAACGAGGAUCCUGAGGAUGAUUUUACCCAAGCUGGGGGCAGCAUUUACCCCCACGCUGCCGGGUUUGGGAACUCGUGGAGAGUCCGAGAGAGCGACACAGAGAUGUGCGAGGAGGCUGCAGAGACCGGUCACAGCUGCGAGGCUCCCGGCCGAGAGGCCAUCACGACGGAGGCCAUUACAGUCUGCAAGAAGCUGCUCGGCGCCCCCUUCAGCCAGUGUCACCACAAGGUGGAUCCGAGCGGCUUUUACGACUCCUGUAUGUACUCGUACUGCCGGGACCCCAACGGGACGGACUCUGUGUGCCAGACGUUCGCCAGCUACGCCAGGGACUGUGCCCAGCAGAAGAUCAUCCUAACCUGGCGCCGGGCGGGAUUCUGCCAGAAGGCGUGUCUAUCGGGUAAGCGGUAUUCAGACUGCGUGUCUGCCUGCCCCGCCAGCUGCGCAGCCGUCGGGAGCUACGAGGACGGCCAGUGCCGGGACGAGUGCGUCGGCGGCUGCGAGUGUCCCGCCGGACUCUACCUGGAGGACGGCGUCUGCGUGAAGGAGGAGGACUGUCCGUGCUACCACCGGAGGCAGAAAUAUCUGCCCGGCGACACCAUCAAGCAGCGCUGCAAUCACUGUCUGUGCCGUGGCGGCCGGUGGCAAUGCUCGCAGGAGAAAUGCGCUGCAGAAUGCGCCGUUUUGGGAGCUGCUCAUUAUACGACCUUCGAUGGCAGGAGAUUCUCGCUGCAGGGGAGCUGCGACCGCGUCCUGGUGCAGGAUUAUGUGGACGGGAAGCUGCUCAUCACUGCGGAGAGCGAAACGUGCGGCCCCGAGGGGCCAGUCAGCUGUCUGCGGGGGAUCAGGGCGACUGCGUACAAAACCACGGUCAGGCUGCGGGCCACAGGGGAAGCCGAAGUGAACGGGCGAGACGUUCUGCUGCCCUUCGUGAACCCCGACCUGUCCGUCCGGCGGCUCUCCUCCACCUUCCUGCUCCUGCAGACGUUUGGCGCGCAUGUUCUGUGGAACGUGGAGUUUCCCGCCGCUUACAUCGCCCUCCAGCCAGCGUUCGCCCAAAAAGUCCGGGGGCUCUGCGGGACCUUUAACUGGAACCAGAACGAUGACUUCACCACCCCGGAGGGGGACAUCGAGACCACCAGCUCCGCCUUUGCCAAUAAGUACAAGGCGUCCGGCGAGUGUCCUGACGCGGAGCCCGGCGCGUUUGACCCGUGUGGGACGUACGCCCAGCGGAGGGAGUUCGCCGAGGCCUCCUGCGCCGUGAUUGGCGGCUCCGUGUUCCAGCCGUGCCAUGACGCGGUGGAGUGGCAGCCGUUUUACGAGCUCUGUCUGCACGACGCCUGCCGCUGCGACCCCAACAAGCACUGCGUGUGCAGCUCGUUGGCCGCCUACGCCCGGCAGUGCGCCCAGGAGGGGGCGCCGGUGUCCUGGAGGAGCAGGACCCUCUGCCCCGUUGAGUGCACCGGGGGGCAAGUUUACUGGGAAUGUGCCCCUCCCUGCAAGAAAACCUGCGCUGACCUCCGCAUGGCGGGCGCCGGGACCUGCCGGGAGCUGGAUGGAUGCGUGGCGGGGUGUAACUGCCCCGAGGGGCUGGUGUUGGAUGACAGUGGGCAGUGCGUCCAGCCCUCUAUGUGCCGAUGCCACCACGGCGGGGAGGUCCACCAGCCGGGCAGCACCAUACGCAAGGCCUGCAACAGCUGCGUCUGUGUAAAUGGUGCAUGGAACUGCACGGACGCCACCUGCCCCGACGCAGCCUAUUGCCCCGGGAACAUGGUGUACCGGUUCGGGGCCUGUCUGCAGACGUGCGAGUCCCUGACACGGAGCGAGCCCUGCGCAGGAAGCCUGGACGGCUGCGUGUGCCCGGAGGGGACGGCGCUCCUGAAGGACAGAUGUGUCCCGGCGGAGGACUGUCCCUGCCACCACCACGGGAGACUCUACCACCCCAAUGACACCAUCGUGAAGGACUGCAACACCUGUGUGUGCAGGAACCGUCACUGGGAGUGCACCGACCACCAGUGUGCCGGGCUCUGCGUGGCCACCGGGGACCCCCAUUACAUCACUUUCGACGGACGUUCGUUCACCUUCCUGGGUGACUGCCAAUACGUCCUGACGCGAGAGGACGGGGGUCUCUUCACCGUGACAGCCGAGAACGUGCCGUGCGGCACCAAUGGCGUCACCUGCACCAAAUCCGUGGUGGUGAUGAUCGGAAACACCUUUGUACACCUAAUGCGAGGCAAAGACGUGACGGUGAACGGGGUGACUGUGAGGCUCCCCAAGAUGUACGGCGGAAACGGGAUUAUCCUGGAACAGGCCGGGCUAUUUACCAUCCUAGUCUCCCACCUGGGGCUGAGCGUCCUGUGGGACGGAGGUACCCGGGUUUACGUGAAACUCGACCCUGCGUUCCGUGGCCGCGUCAGCGGACUGUGCGGGAAUUUCGACGGAGACACCGAGAACGACUUCACGAGCCGCCAAGGAAUCAUCGAACCCACGUCCGACCUGUUCGGAAACAGCUGGCGGAUGAGCCUCAUGUGCCCGGAGGUCCACGCCGACGACUUCCAGCACCCAUGCACGGAGAACAGUCACCGGGUGACGUGGGCGCGCAGGAGCUGCGGAGUCCUCAUGCAGUCCUUGUUUGCUCCGUGCCACCACGAGGUCCCGUGCCAGCAGUAUUAUGACUGGUGUGUGUAUGACGCCUGCGGGUGUGACUCCGGCGGCGACUGCGAGUGUCUGUGUACAGCGAUCGCAACCUACGUGGAGGAGUGCAACCGGCACGGCGUCUACAUCCGCUGGAGGACCCAGGACCUGUGCCCCAUGCAGUGUGAUAAUGGGCUUGUCUAUGAAGCCUGUGGCCCCUCUUGUCCCCGGACCUGCAGGAACCUGGGGCAGGACCCUGAGGAAGGAUGCGGCUUCCGGUCGUGUGUGGAAGGAUGUUUCUGCCCGGAGGGGAAGGUCCUUCAUGGUGGAAGCUGUAUUGAUCCUCCGGACUGUCCGUGUUACUGGGAGAACGUAGCGUUCCCAGCUGGUGCCGUCGUGAAGCAGGGCUGCAGGAACUGCACCUGCGAGGCUGGCGGGUGGCAGUGUCCGUCGGAGGAGUGCCCGGCCCCCUCCCGCUGUGAGGACGGAGAGUUCGCUUGCCGGUUGAGUGCGCGCUGCGUCCCCCAGGCCUGGGUCUGCGACAACGAAGACGAUUGUGGGGACGGAUCGGACGAGAUCUGCUCGCUGACCUGCGCCCCACACGAGCAUCGCUGCGCCAACGGCCAGUGCGUCCCCCUCGCCCACCGCUGUGAUGGCAGAGCCGACUGCGUGGAUCACUCGGAUGAGUGGGGCUGCCCGGCCCCCGCCUGCACCAGCACCGAGUUCCGCUGCGCCAACGGCCGAUGCAUCCCCCUGGCACACGUGUGUGACGGGGACCUGGACUGCGGCUUCGCUGACGACUCUGACGAAUCAGGCUGCUCGGCGGGGUGCAGUUCUGCGCAUUUCCGCUGCUCGCUGGGGAAGUGCUUGCCGUACGCUCGCCGCUGCGACGGCCACGAUGACUGCGGGGAUUUCAGUGACGAGAGGGGCUGCGUGUGCGCUGCGGGCGAGUUCCAGUGCCCUGACGGCCGGUGCCUGCGCAGAGACAAAGUGUGUGACGGAGCGUCGGACUGCGCCUCGGGGGCCGACGAGAUCGUCUGCACAGUUAACCUCUCGGUUUCAGGCGGCGCGUGCGGCCCCUAUGAGUUUGAGUGCGGGAGCGGAGAGUGUCGGCCGCGGGGCUGGUUGUGCGAUAACGAAGUGGAUUGUGUGGACGGCAGCGACGAGCAGCACUGCAAUCGCACCUGUGAUAUCGACCAGUUCAAGUGCACUCUCAGUGGCGAGUGUGUGGCGUACGCUCAGCUAUGUGACGGGAUCCCUCACUGCCGGGACCAAUCAGACGAGAGCACUGACAACUGCGGGUCUUCACAGAUCCCCCCCUGUCCCGGGCACUUUAUCUGCCUCAACAGGAUGUGCAUCAACAUUUCCCGAGUGUGUGAUGGAGAUCCUGACUGCCCCCAAGGAGAGGACGAGGUGACCUGUGACAGAAGCUCGGCGACUGCAGCUCCUCCCAAAGACCGAGCCGAGGAGCCCCCCGCCUGCCCGGAAUAUUCCUGCGCGGACGGGCGCUGCCUACGAUACAAACAGGUUUGUAACGGGAUCUCUGAAUGCGGCGACGGCGAAGAGGAAUCCGGUUGGGUUUCUUCUGACGAGAGGGAGUGCGGAUUCUGGAGCCCGUGGGCUGCGUGGUCAGAAUGUAGCCACACGUGUGGUUCCGGGACCCAGAGCAGGAGGCGCGUGUGCACCAACCCCUCCACCGACGUCCUGCGGCAAUGUCGGGGGGGAGAGAGCGAGACACAGCAAUGUUUCGUGGUGUCCUGCCCAGUUGAUGGUUUCUGGACUCCGUGGACAACGUGGUCUAACUGCACGCAGGACUGCGCGGGGAUAGUGAUCCGACGUCGGGAGUGCACCCCCCCGCAGAAUGGCGGCCUUCACUGCUCCGACCUCCCCGCUUCCUCUUCUGCCACCAUGGAGAUCGACGUGUGCCGGCAAGAUGGCUGCCCGGAAGCCAAGACGUGUCCCAAUGACCUGGAGCACAAGGCGUGCGCCCCCUGCCCUCUCACCUGCUCCGACCUGUCCCAUGGGAAGAGCUGCGAGCGCGAGGCUCCCUGCGUCUCAGGCUGUUGGUGUCCGGACGGGUUGGUCUUAGACAGUACCAAUCGCUGCGUGCGCCCCGAGGAAUGCCCCUGCGAGGUGGACGGGGUGACCUACUGGCCGGGUCAGCCGGUGAAAGUGAAUUGCCAGAUUUGCACCUGUCAGGAAGGCCAAGCGAAGCAAUGUCGCCAGAAUCCAGAGUGUGCAGUGCACUGUGGGUGGUCUGCCUGGUCCCCGUGGGGCGAGUGUCUGGGUCCGUGCGGAGUGCAGAGUAUACAGUGGUCUUUUCGGAGUCCCAACAACCCCAGCAAGCAUGGCAACGGGAAGCAGUGUCGGGGUAUCUACCGCAAGGCUCGCAGGUGUCAGACGGAUCCGUGCGAGGCGUGUUCGCACCAGGGGAAGCCGUACAGCAUCGGGGAGCGCUGGCGGGCCGGGGAGUGCCACGUGUGCCAGUGUCUGCCCAAUCUCACCGUGCAGUGCUCUCACUUCUGCCAGUACGCCAGCGUGGGCUGCCCUCAGGGGCAGUUCCUGGUGGAGGCUUCUGGGGAUUCCUGCUGUUCCUGCUCAGAAACAGGUCAGACUCCAAAUAAAACCGAGGGGUCCGGCCAGCGUCCGACGAGUGCGCCCCCCGGUACCCCCGUCCCAGAGCUCGUCACCUACCCGCUGCCGGCAGCUGAAGACGGAUGUUACAGACCCCUGAGAGUAUCGGCUUUACCUGACGGCAGCUUCUCAGCCUCCUCACAACGCCCAGGGCACCCUGCGUACGCGGGGCGCCUGAACCAAGUUACCCCGGGGUCAGACCUUCAGGGCUGGAGCCCACAAGCCAGUGACCGCCGGGCCUCUUCCAGCGCCCCGUACCUCCAGAUUGACUUACAGCAGCCAUGGAACCUGACGGGCAUUGUGGUUCAGGGAUCUGAUGCCCCCGACGCCUACGUCACCAGCUUUGCCGUGCAGUUUAGUCAGGAUGGGCAGAGCUGGCACGACUACAAAGAGCUGGCGGAGGACCAGGAGCCAAAGCCAAAGGUUUUUGGGGGUAACUCUGAUGGGUCCACGCCAGUCGCCAGAAGCUUUGCGAGGAUGAUCCAGGCCCGGUACGUCCGCGUUCUCCCCCGGGAUCAUCACGGGGACGUUUUCCUGCGCAUGGAGCUGCUGGGCUGCGGAGAAGUGCCCAAAGGGUCCCGGCCCACUGCGCCCUCAGACACGGAGGAGCGGUGCCACGCGGGGCAGUUCCAGUGCCACAACGGACGCUGCGUCCCUGCCGGACCCCACGGUGUGGUGUGCGAUGGGGUGAAUGACUGCGGCGACCGCUCUGACGAGAUAUACUGCGGCACGGCUCCCUCUCCGCUGUCUCCGGCUCGCUGGGGCUGUCACCGCUCGCAGUUUUACUGUAAGGCGUCUGGGAAUUGCAUCGAAGCGUCUCGGCGAUGUGACGGGCGCCAGGACUGCGCUGACGGGGCCGACGAGAUCGGCUGCGUCUCACGGGGAGGGAACGCCACGCAAAGCGGCGAAUCCACGAGUAUCCCUCAGAUCUGGCCAAAUACCCCGACCCCGCAGCCGGCACGGCAUACCCAACCGGGACCCUCGGGGACGGACGGCUACAAAUUUCCAGGAGACGUUUCUCCCACGGGUCCGUGUGAUGGGCCCCUGGGUCUGGAGGACGGCCGGGUCCUUUACCAGCAGCUGAUGGCCUCGUCCUACAAGGAGAAUAACCCACCGGAUGCCGGGCGGCUGAACAUAAUCCCAAACAUCCUGAACAUCGUUCCCGGAUGGAGCCCGCUGGACACAGACCCACAGCCCUUCUUCCAGGUGGAUUUUCUGCAGCCGACCUUCAUCUCCGGCGUCAUCACUCAGGGGGGCCGACAGUCCGGGGGCUUCAUCACUAAAUACCGCCUCAUGUACAGCAGCGAUGGGCUGGUUUAUCACAAUUACACCGAGGACAUGCGCGGCACAGACACGGCUGCCCAGGUAAAGACCAUGGAGGUGUUCGAGGCCAAUGCAGACAGUAACACGCCAGUGACACGGGAGCUGAGCCGACCCCUGCUGACACGCUUCCUACGCAUCCUUCCCGUGGAUCACCACAAGGCCAUCUACCUGCGCAGCGAGGUCCUCGGCUGCCCUUACGUUGGACCCAGCGCGUCUCCAGAGCCCGUGACCCCAUCACGUGCCGUGGUCACCCGCGCCGGGUCCUCCAAGCCCUCUCACUGCCGGCCCGGCGAGUUUGAGUGCGGCAGCGGCGAGUGUCUGAACGCCUCCAGCGCCCUGUGUGACGGCAACGCCGACUGCAGAGAUUUCUCCGACGAGGAAGGAUGCGGUGCCCACCGCUUGACUGAAUACCCCUCGACUGUGACUGAUGGGGGUGUUUACCCACCAGGGUGGCUUCAGGGAACAAAGGUCACCCCGUUAUCAGCCGGGGGUCCCGCAGGGGUGGUGGGCUUGCUGGAUACGCCAGCUCCUGGAGGCUCUCGGCUGCCCCACACAGUCAGGCCUGGAGAGCCUGGAGAACCCGGACUUCAUCUUCUGUCCCAACCUACGGGGAGCCCGGGGCUCCUCAGCCUGAAACCCGGACAGCAAACGGUAUCUGGAACGGCCCUUACCGGAGAGCCGGGCAUCCAGGACAAGCACCGAGUCAGUGGAGCGCCCGGCAUCCGCGUCUCAGAGACACCCGGGGAGCGAGGGCCGCCAGGCAGUCCAGGACCUGGAGAAUAUUCCUCGGGGUAUCCGGGGUGGCCCUGGAUGGAACCAACCCCAGGAGUGACAGAGAGCCCAGGGGGCAGUACGCCUCACGUGGCUGCCAUCACAUCUGGCAUCUGGGAAACCCCUGGGGGAAGAAUCUACCCCACAGGCAUGCCUGGACUAGUCACACAUUCUGCCGGUAAGGAUGAGUGGAUGCUGAGUACACGACCCAGUGAUGUAGGCGGAAGUCCGCCACAGGGUGUACCGGUCCCAAGUAUAGGAGCAGGCGAUUCGGUACCAGGGCUAGUAAUGGCUCCCACAGGAGCAACUGGGAUGAGUGACUCUAAUUCACGGCAAACUACCUCACCGGUACAUGCCGGGCAGAGCAUAGCCUCUGGGGAGACUACAGGCCACGGCGGUAGAACAAUGAGACCAGCUCCACGCGUGGAGGGCUGGAGCACUUUGCUUCCUGGAGAAAUACUGCCGCAGGGUAGGUCCGAGAGCCCCCGGGUCACCAGUGAAGCUCCAACAGGAUACCCCGGUUUAGCCGCUAGUCAGGCUCCUGGAGGAAGGUGGCCAUCUUCCCAUUACCAGACAGGUCCAGCAGCCACCAGUGAGUUGUAUAACGAGAAGGGAACCCCAACCUCACUGUACCCCACGCUGAAAACGGCUCAUUGGGGCAGUGAGGGGCCAGGUGUGAACCGUAUCAAGCCUGAGUAUAUUGCCGUACCUCAAGGACAUCAUGCCAGCUUGAAGCCUGGUGAUGGCUCUGUCAUUACGUCCAAGGAGCCCAUUGAGGUUCCUCCAGAGAACGGCCAAGACGAGGAGGGAUACAUUAAACCCGCGGGUCGCGAAGACCAUCUCAACACAACUGUGAGCGAAGGCACCGCAUUACCCAGAAGCCCCUGCAGCGUGGGGCAGUUUGCUUGCUCCGUCUUUGGCUGCGUGGACAGCGCCUUCGUGUGCGACGGGCAGGAGGACUGCAUCGACGGCUCCGACGAGCAUCACUGCGGGACGGCGUCCGUAUUUACGGUUCCUGCGCUGACGACGUCGCGUUCUUUUAUCUCAACGUCCCCCGCAGUCUGUUCGGCCAAACAGUUCGCGUGUCUGAGCGGAGAGUGUCUGUCCGUGGACAAGAAAUGCGACCUACAGAGGGACUGCGACGACGGCUCCGACGAGACUGGUUGUGUGGACUGCAUCGUGUCUCCGUGGACCUCGUGGAGCGAGUGCAGCCGUUCAUGCGGCCUGGGCGUUAUAUUCCGGAGGCGCGAUGUGCUGCGGGAUCGGCUCCCCGGGGGCCACUGCGCCGGGGCUCAGUUCGACAGCAAGAGCUGCUUUGUGACGGCCUGUCCAGUAAACGGAGCGUGGUCUCACUGGGGCGAGUGGUCGCCUUGCGAUGCCGAGUGUCAGGGGGGAGCGAGGUUUAGAAGCCGGAGCUGUGAAAACCCACCACCCAAAAAUGGCGGCCUGCCAUGCCAAGGAGAAGCGCUGCAGGCGGAAUCGUGUAAUCUGCAUCCCUGCGGAGAAGACUGCGGGCCUGGCACGCUUUACGUGGAGUCGGCAGACUGUGGGCUGAGGCGGCUGGAUCCGUGUCCUCUCACGUGUGGCGGGCUGAGCGCGGAGAUCAUGUGUAACAGCAGCUGUAUGGAGGGUUGCCGCUGUCCUCCUGGUCUGUAUCUGCAGGACGGUGGCUGCGUGAAUAUCAGCGAGUGUCGCUGCCACGCCGACUCGGUGUCUCUCCUCCAAGGAAAGAACGUCCGAGAGGAUAACUGCAGCGUGUGCCGGUGCCACGAUGGGAAGAUGACGUGUGAUGAUUCCGCCUGCGUGGUGGACUGCGGCUGGUCCGCCUGGUCACAGUGGACUCCUUGUGACCAAACAUGUGGGACGGGGAUUCAAGAGCGCUUCAGAUCUCCAUCAAAUCCACCCGGUGCCAACGGCGGCUCCCCCUGCGAGGGCGAUUCUCACGAAGUCAAGGAAUGUUACUCUCCCUGCGUUAACGGUAGGCCGGACGGGCACGGACACUGGGGUGAGUGGACGGCGUGGUCUCCCUGUUCCGUGACCUGCUUCUAUGACGUGGAACACAUCGGGGUCAGGAGGAGGUUCCGUCACUGUGGUGGCUCCGUCUCCGAAGCACCCUGCGCGGGGGAGUCUGUCCAGGAGGAGCCGUGCGACACCCCGCUCUGCCCAGUUGUCGGGGGCUGGUCACCCUGGAGUCCGUGGACAGAAUGCACGGCGUCUUGUGACUCCGGCGUUCAGACUCGGAAUCGCACGUGUUCCCGGCCCUUUCCCUCGCACGGAGGUCCUGAUUGCCACGGGCCACAGAUCCAAACCCGCGAGUGUAACGCACAGCCCUGCAGAGACCUCUGUCCCGUGGAUAUGAUCUACCAGACGGCGGAGGAGUGCCGGAGCGCUGGGGGUGCCUGUCCCCGGCUAUGCCUAGACCAGGCUGCCCACGUGGAGUGCGCCUCCGCCUGCUACGAGGGCUGCUACUGCCCCGAGGGGCUCUUCCUGCAGAACAACAGCUGUGUGCCCCAAACCCAGUGCUCCUGCUACCACAAGGGGGCGCUCUACCAGCCAGGGCAGAGCGUGGCUGCGGAUGCCUGUAACAACUGCACCUGCCGGUCUGGCGAGAUGGUCUGCGGCACCCAACCCUGUCCAGUGGACUGCGGCUGGAGCGUCUGGACUCCGUGGAGCUCCUGCAGCAGAACCUGCAACGUGGGCACCAGACGGCGAUACCGCUCCGGAACCAACCCCCCGGCGGCACUGGGAGGCCGUCCGUGCGAGGGCAAUAACGUCGGCAUCGAGUUCUGCAGCCUGCAGCCGUGUAAGGGUGCUGCUGGUGAGUGGGGUCCCUGGUCGGAGUGCUCCGUUCCCUGCGGGGGAGGAUAUAGGAACCGCAGUCGGGUCAGCGUGGUUCUGCGCAGGAUCGAGUUCUCCACCUGUAAUCUCAGCCCGUGUUCUGGAGAGGCCCCCGGGCUUUGCCCAGAAGACAAGGAAUGGAAGGAGUGCCAUGAAGGCCCUUCGUCCUGCGCAGACCUGGAGAGGCCCAACUCCACCUGCCGGCCGGGCUGUUACUGCCGGGGAGGAGAGCUUCUGCUGAACAACCAGUGCGUCCCGGUCUCCGAGUGCCCCUGUACCGAGGAUGGGGCUUUUUACCGGGCGGGCGACACCGUACCCCGAGACUGCAAUAACUGCACCUGCUUCUCUGGACGAGCCACCAACUGCUCCCAGCUGCUCUGUGAAGCUGUUGAUGGUAACUGGUCGGAAUGGACUCCAUUGAGUGACUGUUCUGCCGCGUGCGGGGGAGGCUUCCAGAGCCGGUACCGUUUCUGCACAGAACCUGCGCCGUCCGGCACUGGAUUUCCAUGUGAAGGUCCGGAUCGGGAGGAAUAUCCCUGCAACGUGGAGCCCUGCUCAGAAUCCGGUGAGUGGAGUGAAUGGAGCAGCUGGACGGACUGCACCAAGAGCUGCGGAGAGGGGGUGAGGACCCGACACCGAAAAUGUGACAGCCCUCCGCCCCUCGGAGAAGGAGAUUACUGCGAGGGUCCCAGCUCCGACAUUGAGGCCUGCAGCCUGGGCCAGUGCCCUGGAGUGGAGGCAGCGAAUUGUUCGGCCGUCGCAGGCUCGGCGUACAGCAGCUGCGGCCCUUCCUGCCCCAGAACAUGUGAUGAUGUCAUGCGCUGCACUUGGAGCUGCGAGCCUGGCUGCUACUGCCCCGCGGGGCAGAUCCUGGCUGCCAAUGGCACGGUCUGCGUGGAUCUCCAGGACUGCACCUGUCUGGACCUCCUCACCGGCCAGCGAUAUCUCCCAGGAGAGAGCGCGCCCCGAGGGGACGGCUGCAACACCUGCACCUGCGUGAACGGCUCAAUGACAUGUACCAACCACGUGUGUGCGGUGCCCGGAGGCUGGUGUGCCUGGUCACCCUGGACCCCGUGUUCUAGAACAUGCGGCAAGGAGAUGGUCACGCGGUACCGGAGCUGCGCAUGCCCCAAGCCACAGGAAGGAGGUGCCCAGUGCCAAGGGGUGCAGCAGCAUCAUGGUGAUACCGGGGUGCAGCUGGAGCGGAAGGAGUGCCCGUCGCCCUCAUUCUGCCCAGUGGAUGGUGUUUGGGGCCCCUGGGGGCCGUGGUCCCCGUGCGACGCGUGUGCCGGAGAAUCCGUGCGGACCAGGCAGUGUAAUAACCCCCCGGCACGGUUUGGUGGCACGCCGUGCCAAGGAGAAGCCAGGCAGAGCCACGCGUGCCAGGAGAACGCUACACAGUGCUUAGAUUGUGGAGGGGGGCAGGUGGAUUUCCAGUGCGGCAAACCCUGCCCGCGGUCCUGCGAAGACCUCCAGGGAGAGACCCUGUGCGUGGACCCCCCGCGGUGCCAGCCGUCAUGUGGGUGUCCUGACGGGCGGCUCAUGCAAGGUGGCGCAUGCGUGGAUCCCCAGGAAUGUAGAUGCAGAUUCCAGAACCGGUCCCUUGCAGAGGCUUCUGACUCGGGGAACGUCUCCUCGUGGUCUGCUGUGGAUCCGUGGCUGUCUGUCGCGCCCGGGGAGACGGUGUCUGGACCUUGUCAGAACUGCACAUGCUCCGCAGGGAGACUGCUGUGUACCACGGACCCUCUGUGUCUGCUGGACGGCGGAUGGGGCCCGUGGAGCCCGUGGACCUCCUGUUCGCAGACCUGCGGGAAGGGAAUCCAGACCCGGUCUAGAAAAUGUGACAGCCCGACACCCCAGAAUGGAGGCAGAGACUGCCAGGCAGAGGGGCAGCAGCAGCGAGACUGUCAGGAUGUGGAAUGCCCAGAGCCGGGGCCGUGGAGCGAGUGGUCCCCGUGGUCCGCCUGCAGUGUGUCCUGCGGCGGCGGGGAGCAGAUCCGCGUACGGGAGUGCCACAGAGAGGAGUGCCACGGAAGAGCCAUCCAGACCAAAGCCUGUAAUAACCAAGUCUGUCUCGACGUCGGGUGCCCCCCGGACCGCCUGUACCGAGAGUGCGGGGAGGGGGGCGGCUGCCCCUACAGCUGUGCCCACCUCAGCCGGCAGGUGGAGUGCUUCCCCGACGGGUGCGAGGAGGGCUGCCACUGCCCUGCAGGAACCUUCUUCCACAACGGCUCCUGUGUCACGGAGUGUCCGUGCGUCCUGACCGAGGAGUCCGUACAGGGACUGAGGAACCGUUCCGCAAAUCCACGUGAUGAGACCCCACUGUUCACGAGCCACGGCGUCCGAGUCGCGGUGGGAGAAGAGAUGAUGCCUGGAGAGAAGGUCCUGCAUGAGUGCAGCUCGUGCACGUGUGAUAAUGGUCGGCUGAAUUGUUCAUUUGUUUCCUGUCCGGUGGAUGGCGGUCUCUCCCCGUGGGGUCCGUGGACUCCCUGCUCCGUGUCCUGCGGUGGGCUUGGGAACAUGACAAGAUCACGCGAGUGUUCGGAUCCAGCGCCAGCCAAUGGGGGGCGAGCGUGCGAGGGGCCGGUCAUUGAUAUUAAAUACUGUCAAACCCCGGAGUGCGAAGAUCUCGUGGGACCCACACAGGAGCCAAAGUCGGACAUUGCAGGACCGGAGGAGGGAUUUGGCCCGUGGUCACCGUGGACUCCGUGUUCUAAAACGUGCACGGACAGCGCGGCCCCCGCGGUGAAGACACGCUCACGCUUCUGCCACGGAGGAUGGAAUUGCUCCGGGGAGUUGUUCCAGGAGCGAGAGUGCAACCUGGCCCAGUGUUCAGACGCCGAGCCCUGCGCGGAGGACGAGUGUCGUCACAGUAACUGCACGUGGAACCCGUGGUCAGAGUGGAGCUCGUGUUCUCGAUCCUGCGGAGUCGGGCAACAAAGACGACUUCGUACCUACAACCCGCCGGGGGCAGACGGCUCGUGGUGCGUGGACAUCCUGACCGGGAACGUGGAGCGGAGGUUCUGUAACCUGCAGGCGUGUAAAGUGGACGGUGGAUGGUCCAAGUGGAGUCCGUGGUCCUGGUGCGAUCGCACGUGUGGCGGGGGAAAGUCGGUGAGAAGCCGCUCGUGCACCAGCCCCCCCCCGAAAAACGGUGGAAAGGAUUGCGUGGGAGAGAAGCAUCAAAUCCGCAUCUGCAAUCCGAACCCCUGCGCUGACAGUUGCCCCGCUGGCAUGGAGCGCGUGGACUGCGCCACCCGAUGCCCCCGGCAUUGCUCUGACCUCCAGCAGGGCAUCACGUGCCACGACGGGGAACGCUGUGAGCCUGGGUGCCGCUGCCCUCCAGGGCUCCUGGAGCAGGACGGAGCGUGUGUUCCCGUGGCACACUGCGAGUGCAUGGACGCUGGGGGCCACAGCUGGACGGCGGGGAGCGCCCUCCGAGAAAACUGCAACAACUGCACCUGCCUCGACGGCCGCCUGCUCUGCACCAACCACACCUGCCCCAGCGCAGGCUGCGCGUGGAGUCAGUGGUCUACGUGGUCACAAUGCAGCGUGUCUUGUGGAAGUGGCCUCCAGACGCGGUUCAGGACAUCCACCUCGGGGUCACCAGACACCGGAUGCCAAGAACCGAAAACGCAGUCUCAGCCGUGUCACCAGGGAACGUGUCCCACGCUCUGCCCACGGGAUGGCUCUGAGGGGCACGUCGGGGAUGCGUGGCUGGUGGGAGAAUGUCAGCAAUGCAGUCCCAGCGAGGCUGAAAGACUGAGUUACCCCUGCCCCGUGGUAGGGAAUGACCCCACGGGCGGUCUGUCCACGUGCAGCUCUCACAGUCACGCGUUAUUUUUUGUCUCUCUUCCUAGUAUCUGCACCCCGGAGGGGAAUUACUGCCGGGACACGGAGUGCAGAGUGGAUGGAAACUGGACUCCGUGGUCUCCGUGGUCUGACUGCCCAGUCACCUGUGGUUCAGGAGUCCAAAUCCGCACAAGAGCUUGCAUUGACCCUCCCCCGCGCAACAAUGGUACGGACUGCGUGGGACCAGAGUCAGAGACACGGGAAUGUACCACCAGGCCGUGUACAGGAAGUGAUCGGUGUAAGUGGUCAGACUGGAGUCCGUGUUCACGAACCUGUGGUACCGGAAUAACCAGCCGGACGUGGAGAUGCGAUUGCCCCGCCCCCGAGGACCCAGACACGCCAUGCAACACCAGCGAGCGUGUCCAGACAGAGGCGUGUUAUCUUGAGCCCUGCAAAGGGGGCUGUAACUGGGGCCUGUGGAGCGAGUGGUCCAACUGCUCCUGCCACGCUCUUCUCCAGCACCGACACCGGCUCCGUGGACCCAGCUUUGAAGGAGACACGUGUGAGGAGCUGGAGUCUGACGUCCGAUCCUGUAACCAGUCCGACUGCUUCGAGUCGAGCUGCCGGCCCCCGUUUCAGUUUCAGUCCUGUGGCUCCCCCUGUGGCAGCUUCUGCUCUUCUGUGCAGAGACCGGAGAGCUGCCACGACGUGGCCCCGUGCCAGCCUGGCUGUUACUGCCCGGAGGGGUUGGUGGAGCAGAACGGAGAAUGUGUCCGUCCGUCGGAGUGCGGCUGUCUGUACGUCUCCCAGGCCAGCGGUGAGGGGGCUCUGGAGGCUGUGGCCAUUCCGCCCGGACACGUUGUCCACGUGGGAUGUAGGGAAUGCCUCUGCAAGCAGGGGGCGCUGCGCUGCAACAGCAACAACUGCAAAGGGGAAGCGUCUCUGAGCGAGUGGUCCGAGUGGUCUCCGUGCAGCCCCUGCCUGCCUUCCUCCUCGUUGGAUCUGCGGCCCCCGGGCGACACUCUGCUCCCGGCCUUCUCCUCGGUGCAGCAGCGGCACCGGCUCUGCCUAAACAGUCUCACCGGGUUCCCGUGGAGCGGCCCCUCCGUGGCGUGUUCCGGGGAGAUGAUGCAGGAGAGACUCUGCCCCGAUGACGAAAUAUGUGAAAAUCUGUGCGUCUGGAGUGAGUGGGGCGAGUGGAGUCCGUGCAGAGCCCCCUGCAGCGGAGGGUUCCGGGUUCGCUGGCGCCACGUUCACCACCCCGUGGGGAGCCGACUGUGUGAGGGUCCGAGGUUCCAGUCCGAGAGCUGCAAUACUGCAGCCUGCCCAGGCGAGGACUGCGAGGACCGUGGAAGGGCGUUUAAGAUGUCCUGCGCCAACCAGUGUCCCCGAGCCUGCGCAGACCUGUGGGAGCACGUGGAAUGCCUCCAGGACCAGUGUAGGACAGGUUGCCGGUGUCCGGAGGGCUGGCUGCUGCAGGACAGGAAGUGUGUGCCGGUGACAGACUGCCGCUGCGGGCUGCCCACGGCCAACGCCACCAUAGAGUACGACCCGGGAGACGUGGUGCGCAUCCAAUGCAAUAACUGCACGUGUGUUAACGGCACCUUCACAUGCACAGACCUGCAGUGCCCGGCCUACGGCCCCUGGACGGACUGGGGCCCCUGCUCUGUGAGCUGUGGCGGGGGGCGCAGACAGAGGGGCCGCACGUGUUUGCAGAAGAGCCCGGAGGGAGCGCCGUGCGGGGACGAGACUCGGGAGACAGAAGAAUGUAACGGGAUUCCGUGUCCAGCUGACUGCGUGCUGAGCGAGUGGUCUCCGUGGUCAGACUGCAGUCUAAGCUGCGGAGGAGGGAUAUCCGAGAGGAACAGGACCGUCCUGGUACCGGCAGAGCCCGGGGGCCACGAGUGUCCCACGCCACUGAUUCUCCACAGAUCCUGCAACCUGCACAACUGCACCCCAGAGUGUCCCGGAGGCCAGGUUUAUAGCGACUGCGCCAAUUCCUGCCCACGUUCCUGCGCCGAUCUCCAGCCUCACACCCGGUGCGUGGAAGAGACCUGUGAGCCGGGCUGCUCCUGCCCCACAGGGAAGGUGCUGCAGGACGGGGAUUGUGUGGCCCCCGAGGACUGUCCGUGUUCCCUGCGCUCCUCAGACGCUCUCCCCUGGGCCGGAAACCUCACCGCUGAGGAAAGAGCAAGAGAGUUCCCAGCGGGCACCAUACUGUAUCACCAGUGUAACAACUGCACGUGUAACGCGGGGGUUUUCGGCUGCACCCAGGAGACCUGUAACGUGGACUGUCAGUGGUCUCCGUGGACGGAGUGGUCUCCUUGCUCAGUGACGUGUGGGAGUGGAGUGCAGACGUCUCAGCGACAUCACACUCAGCAGCGGCUCUAUGAUGGAGAGGAAUGUGCCGGAGAAUCCACUCGCCAGAGGAAAUGCUCUCUCCAAGACUGCAGUUGUCCUGCCGGGGAGAGAUGGAGAAGACAUUCCCCGGAGGGCGACUUUUGUGAACGGACGUGUCAGGAAGUGUACGAGGAGCCGCGCAGGAGCUGCGGUGCGGGGGAGGGGUGCGCGUGCGAGGCCGGCAGGUACCGGAGCCGCAGUGGGAUGUGUGUAACGGCCGCGCACUGCGAGUGUGAACACGACGGACACGUGUACCUGCCUGGCACCGAUUGGCAGGAUGGGUGUGAGAUCUGUCGAUGUGUGAAUGGACUCCGAGUCUGCGCAGCCGGAUGCCCCCCGCUGCACUGCCCCGAGGGAGCCGUGAAAGUCCAGGAGCCCGGAGACUGCUGCCCCGUCUGCCGGCAGGAGAUCAUCGACGCUCCGUCCCCCGUCUGCCGGCUCCACACCGAGCUCCGCAGCAUCACCAAAGGAGGCUGCCGGCUGGAGCAGGUGGAGGUCAGCUUCUGCCGAGGCCAGUGCGUGUCAUGGACACACGUUCUGCCAGAGGAGCCCUACCUCCAGACCGUGUGCGACUGCUGCAGCUACCGCUUGGACCCCGUGAGUCCCGUGAGGAUCCUGAACCUCCAGUGCGACGACGGCGAGGAGGAGCCCGUUGUGCUGCCGGUCAUUCACAGCUGUGAGUGCAGCAGCUGCCAGGGUGGUGAUUUCUCCAGGCGCUGACCCCCCCCCUCUGUAAAAA